AUGUCUGCUGAGCAACCCCCGAAGGUCUUGGGCAUGCCGCCCUUCAUGGCCGACUUCUUGAUGGGUGGUGUUUCCGCCGCCGUCUCGAAGACCGCUGCCGCUCCCAUCGAGCGUGUCAAGCUCCUCAUCCAGAACCAGGAUGAGAUGCUUAAGACCGGUCGUCUCGACCGCAAGUACGCCGGCAUCGGUGACUGCUUCAAGCGCACCAUGGCCGAUGAGGGUGUCAUGUCCCUCUGGCGAGGAAACACCGCCAACGUCAUCCGAUACUUCCCUACCCAGGCUCUGAACUUUGCUUUCCGUGACAAGUUCAAGAAGAUGUUCGGUUACAAGAAGGACAAGGAUGGCUACGCCCUCUGGAUGGCUGGUAACCUUGCCUCCGGUGGUGCCGCUGGUGCCACUUCCCUCCUCUUCGUCUACUCUCUGGACUACGCCCGUACCCGUCUUGCCAACGAUGCCAAGAACGCUAAGAAGGGUGGUGACCGUCAGUUCAACGGUCUCGUCGAUGUCUACAAGAAGACCCUCGCCUCUGAUGGUAUUGCCGGUCUCUACCGUGGUUUCAUGCCUUCCGUUGCUGGUAUCGUUGUCUACCGUGGUCUCUACUUCGGAAUGUACGACUCCAUCAAGCCCGUCGUCCUUGUCGGUAACCUGGCCAACAACUUCCUUGCCUCUUUCGCUCUCGGCUGGAUCGUCACCACUGGUGCCGGUAUCGCCUCUUACCCUCUUGACACCAUUCGACGACGCAUGAUGAUGACCUCUGGUGAGGCCGUCAAGUACAAGAACACCAUGGAUGCUGCCCGCCAGAUUGUCGCCAAGGAGGGUGUCAAGUCUCUCUUCAAGGGUGCUGGUGCCAACAUUCUCCGUGGUGUUGCCGGUGCUGGUGUCCUCUCCAUCUACGAUCAGCUCCAGGUCCUCCUCUUCGGCAAGGCCUUCAAAUAA